CAUUAUCUAGGCAGCAGUGAAAUGUACCCAAUGGUACCAGGCAGUACUGUUACACUGGAGAGAGGAAAAGACGGAAUGGUGGGGCUCACUAUCGGGGGCGGGGCACCUUACUGUCCUUCUCUUUAUGUAGUCCAGGUAUUCGAGAACACCCCCGCCUGGAAAGAGGGAACAUUAAAAGCUGGAGAUGAGCUGAUGGCUGUUAACACGAGAAGUCUCAAGGGGAUGACGAAAGUGCAGGCUGCCAAGUUUAUCCAGCGUAUUGACGGUGACGUAACAUUUACGUACGCUAAAUUAACAGUGGAUACAAACCACUUCAAGGAGGCAAAGGGUCUUGAUAUGGUAAUGAAGAAAGUAAAACACAAGUGUAUUGAAAGAAUGUCUAGUGGUACGGCUGAUAAACUGGGCCUAACACGGGCUGUGCUGUGCAACGAUGACCUCGCUAAGAAAUUAGAAGAAUUCGAGAGAAAUGCUAAGUUUUACAAGGAGAUGAUUGUCAGGUCCCAUUAUCUUCUCCUGGAUUUCAAUGCAGUGUGUGGAGUUUACAAAGGAAUGGGUGACCUGUUCUCACAGAUUGCAGUACGUGAGAAGUGUGCUGCUAACGAAGCGUUUACUAUUUUCGCAGACACACACAGAAACUACCACAAGGCUGGCUCUGAGUUCCAGAAGAAAGCUGCACCUAUAAUGAACAAGUUAGGAACUUAUCUUCACAAAGCAGUACCUGACAUGAGACUGACUAUUAAGAAGUACGCAAACGCAAAGUUUGAGUAUCUUGCUUACUGUCUCAAGAUAAAGGAGAUGGAUGAUGAGGAGUACACUUUCAACUCAUUAGACGACCCGCUACCCCGUGUAGAGGAAGGUAACUACGAGUACAGAGUUGUACUCCGGUGUCGCGCGCAAGCUCGCGCGUACUUCCUCCAACUCCGCAGCGACGUCAGAGUCAAACUUCAGCUCCUUAACUCAAAGCACGUACAAGACCUGACAGUGCAGCUAGAACAGUGGACUAAAGUACAACUAGCUUAUUACGAGGAGGCUGCUGCUAUCUCCGACAAGGCUAACGUCUUCCCAAUAGACAUAGACCUGAGCACUGUAGUGGACGCUCAAUAAACAUCCUGACUAUAGCCAACUGUUUGUUAGACUUAUUGUAAGAAGUACGGGGUCAUGUUUAUAAGAUACGAAUUAAAAUAUAGGUCAUGUUUAUAGAAAUGAUUCUGUUUACAGAAGACGACUCACGAGAAAUUUCUUGUACUGUGAGAGGUGAGCGUUAUUUGUAACGUGACGUCACACCACGUGAUAUGACGUCACACCACGUGACAUGUCGUCACACCACGUGACAUGACGUCACACCACGUGAUAUGACGUCACACCACGUGCUAUGACGUCACACCACAUGUAGUUUAAGUAGAAUAAUUAGCGACGUUUGUUGAUAUCUUAGGCAUGGUUUGUUUAUAAUUUAGAUUUAGUUGUUGAUUUAUUAAAGUGAUAUUGCAUGCCUUGGCGCAUGGGAAUUUAAUCUUGAAUUUAAUCUAGAUUCUAGACAGUAGAUUAGUUAUAUUAUUGCAUUGUUAUUUAAUUUUUAAUUUUCUCUUAAGAAAUUUAUCGAUAAGUUGUGAUUCUAUACCCAUUUCUGAGUUAAAUUAAUUAAAUCUUAAAUUAUCUCUGACAAUUUGAAUUUUGAAUUUUACUUUGUUUUGAGGGCCGGUCCCAUUUUAAUCAAUAUGAUUACUAAAUGAGUUUGGAUCUUGACAGUGAAUUUAUUUUAAAUCCUUAAUUUAUCUUUAAUUUAUUGGUUUGAAUGCUCGAUUAGCGUAAUAAUGUGAUUAAUUGCUAUUUAUCUAUCUAUUUAACGUAAUAAAAAUUUGCAUUUUAAAGUUGAAAGUUCCUUUGCUGGCUAAAGAGAAAACUUGUAAAGAUAUAUUGAUAUUACCUGCUAAUUCUUUUUGCGUAGCUAUUUAAUUAACUUCUGACUGAUUAAGUCAUACGAGAACUGUGAAUGUACCAGUAGAUAACACCAUGGUAAACAUAUAGUAACGUGAUGCCCAUAUAAGGUCAACACACGAGUUUGAGUUGCAGAAUAAUAUUCAGUACUAUUAUCAUUAUAUAUAGUGGAUUUCACUGUUUAAUUUGUUGUUUACACUCUAUCUGUUUGAAAUGAACUGCAGUGUUUU